UAUUGAUUGGUGGAUUUACAUCGCUUGUCGUGUAACAUUUCUGGAAAUCAGAAUCGUCUGUUGUUUGGUGUUUUUAUUUGUGUUUUUGAUAGAGACACUUUCUGCGUACGACGAUUCCUGUUGGAGUAUACGUUCCGAGCACAACCGCGGAAAACCCAUGUGUUUUUCCGCGAUCUAUUUUUGAACAUUGGAAACCCAACUAUUACAUGAUGCUUGGAUCCCAUGACACCACAUCAACACUGUAGUGCAUUGUGUUACAGGUUCAAAUCAUUAUGGCGAGUCUGGCCGAUGUUUUCACUGAGAAAGAAAGGACGAACUGGCUGAAGGCAUGGCUUGCAGUGGAUAUUGCAAAGUCUGGAUUAGAUAACUUCGCGGAGACCGAGGCUAAAACUUUACAUGCGAAUAUAUACAACGCGGCCUGGUCAAGCGUUCAAUCACCAGCUGUGUGCAUUGGCUGUCACACCGCUAACUUACUGAAAUGCCCAACUCAAGGAAUAUGCAAUAAACGAGGCGCAUAUAGCUCAUGUAAGGCUAUGCAUGAUACCGCGGCAAAACAACCUCGACCAUGCCCUACUAACGUGUGUAAUAAAGUUCUCGACGAAAUAAAAACACUGCACAAAUUUGCUAGUCCUUCGUGGAAAAAUACAAGGGCGCAGCAAUGGGCACAAAAUCCCUGGCAAAUUGCAAAGGCGUAUUUACCUCCGGACGGAUAUACUGGAAAGAGUUCGGUGCAAGACACGGACUUUAACGGAAUCAUCAGUUUUAUGAUGAAUUGUAAACAUUUCGACAGCAAGUUUUCGUUCCCCAUAGCUCCAGGAAAAAACAAUCCUCCGUGUUUACUGACAAAGGCGCGUGACAUUGGCAGGACUGUUCGUCACUCGUCUCAGUGUAAAGUUACAGACGCAGAUCUCCAGGUCAUCUUCACAACACUGACUAACCUGCUGACUGACCCAACGUGUCUUGCACAUGACGUCGCAUUACAAGAGGCUGUAAACAAAUUAGCAAAGCUACAAAACGACAUAUUGAAGAUAAACACAGAAGAAAUGAUGCAUUUACUGGGCGCUGUCCAAGAUAAACUGAAGGAAGUUGAAAACUUAGCUGAGAAGACUCUUCACGAGAUAAGGGAGUCCAUUCAACGAUAUAUGAAUGAUCUCAAUGAGCACAAGGACACAUGUAAACAGCAACUUGAUGAGCACACAGAAACAUGUGAAGUAAAACUGGAUGAGCACACUGGAGCAUGUGAAAUGAAACUGGAUGAACACACUGAUAAAUGUGAAAUGAAACUGGAUGAACACACUGAAAUAUGUGAAGUGAAACUGGAUGAGCACACUGAAACAUGUGAAGUGAAACUUGAUGAACACACUGAAACAUGUGAAGUGAAACUGGAUGAACACACUGAAACAUGUGAAGUGAAACUUGAUGAACACACUGAAACAUGUGAAGUGAAACUGGAUGAACACACUGAAACAUGUGAAGUGAAACUGAAUGAACACACUGAAAAAUGUGAAGAUAAACUGGAUGAACACACUGAAAAACUUAAAAUUGCACUUGAUGAACAUUCUCGACAGCAUACCGAAUCAAACUAUGAGCAAUCCUGUGAAGAUCUCCGUCGACGUUUGAUUGAACACUACAAUGACAACUCUAGCUUUGUGCCUCUUUCAAUUUUGGAUGAGAGUCUUAAUAAGCGUAUAACAGACAUAUAUGCAACGCCUAAAAUACAUCGAAUCGAUAUUAAGAAAGAUGGUUCACGCAAAAUAGAGGAACCAGUAAAUUUUUACAAAGAAAUGUUUUACAAACACGAUCAUUCAAAUAGACGCAUUUAUGUACAAGGCGAACCCGGCUCAGGAAAGUCAACUUUUGCAGCUAAGUUAGUUCAUGAUUGGUGCCAUAAAAAUCAGCCUAUAUUGACUGCUCCGAAUAAAAAUACAGCGUUUAAUGACUUGAAGACAAUUCAAACAUUCAAGUUCCUAUUUUUCAUCUCGUUGAGAAAUGUGCGGGGACAGAAGGAUAUAAGUCAGAUGAUUAAAGACCAGCUCGUUGAUCAAAUGUACUCUGAAGAUGAUCUUGACGGUGUGUACACACUUUUAAAAACAAUUAUAGAAACUGAACAAUGCCUCGUAGUUCGGGAUGGCCUUGAUGAAUGGGUGGCACCUGAUGGUUGUAACCUAGCUGAACCUUCCAUGACAGGAUUGCCGAAGGACAAAGUCACGGUUCUCACAACAGCUCGACCAUGGAAACUGGCUGAUGGACGAAUAAAGAAUUCUCAAAUCGACAUUCUGAUGGAGAUUCAGGGUGUAAGCGAUCCGGAUAUAUUUUGUGCAAAUAUACUCGGUUGCAUAAUUGACGACACUAAGGAACUGGACAACACUGUCAAGGAAUUUCAAAAUUUUGUUGAAAAACGGGAGCUUGAAUCGUUAUCAUCCUCACCGAUGCUGUACACACUGGUCAUCUGCACGUGGGUCGACACGAUGAAAGAGGAGGAACAUUCGAAAGAAUAUUCCUUAUGUGCAUUAUACACUUCUUUGCUUGAAAGUCUUUGUAAAAAGACCACCAGUACAACUGGUUAUUUUAAUAUAUCAAACCCUUCACCUGUAUAUUGUUUUUCUAACACAAGUUACCUACAGCCAAACAUUGAAAUCUUAGAUAAGCUUGCUGUUGCAGCUUGUAAAUUGCUCUUCUCAUGUGAAAGAGAAACAUCUAUUGUUUUUAGUGACAUAGCAUUAUCGAACUACUUUUCUGGGGAAGAGUUCACACUAUGUAAGACAUUCGCUCUCAGGGCAGGAAUAUUAACAAACAGGAAAGAUAAAAAUAGGACUGGAAGCUCGAACUCAUUCAUUCACAAAACUAUUCAGGAAUUUCUCGCAGCAUAUUAUAUUGCAUGCAAUACAUACGUCAUUGAUGACGUUGUGGUCGGAUAUCUGAAACGCUACAAUGAUUCUUAUCUUGAUUUAUCUCAAGUGUUCAUAUUCCUGUGUGGGAUGAACACCAUUGCUGCGAACGCAUUGUCAGGUUUGAUGGACGAAUAUCACGUUGCUAGUUGCAGAUUUUACGACCAUUUGCCUUGUGAGCUUCAGAAUAUCACUGAGGCUGGAAUCAGAGAGGCAGAAGCCGGCAAACAAAAUACCAUAUGGCCGAAACUCAGUCACGUUUUCAUUACGCACGACAACAUGCCAUAUUCACUUCGUGUCUUGUCUGCAAACACCUCCAAUAUCCAGUCAUUGAGUGUAAUUUUUCAUUUGGUGGGGUCACCGUCAGUUUCUGAAGCGACUUUCCAUCAAGCAAAAAUAAAGCUGCGUUCAUUCGCACGUGGCGAGCCUAAAUCUGGUUUUGUGUUGAACCUGGCGUCGUGCCACAAGCUGAAAAAAUUGCGUCUAGCGGUAAUUGGCAAAAGAGAUGACAUAUAUCUUACAGAUUCUGUCGAUUUGGUAACAUCAGAACUUCCGGUCGUGAUUGUUCUCAACCAUGCAGAGCCAGCUCGGUGUGGAGAUCCUCCUCCAGUCCUGCCCUCAAUACAAUACAUUGACUUGCAUGGGGUCAAAUGUUCCAGUUCCUGGCUACGCAGUCUGUUCAGCACGCUACUGACACUCGAUCAUGAGGUGCAGUGUAUCAUAACUUACUGUUAUAUUACAUCGACUGUAGAGGGCUCUGACAGAGAAUCAACCGAACUAAUAUCGACAAAUAUAAGAACGGGUUUUAACAAUACAUUCUACGCGCAACUUUCUUUGUACAGUUUCAUGUUUGGGGAGACUCUACAUGUUUUUGGGGAGGCUCUACAUGGUCUGAAUAUCAAAUUGCUGCGUAUCAAUGAGGAAUACGCGAUAGCGAACCGUUCACACUUUGUAGCUUUCUUAUAUAAGUCACUUCCAUCACUCUCAUCACUGGAGACACUUGAUGUAUGCGUGGACGAUAUCAGUCCUGAUUUGUGUGAGUAUCUGCACAGUCUGCAUAUCAAGAGUGUGACUCUGAGUCAGAAGGGUAGGUCGAGGGGCGUAAUAGUAAACCAUGUAUCACAGUUAUCACAGGUUCUUAUAUCGCACACACAGAUGGAAGCUAUUAUUAUUGACGUGAAUGCCCAUCCAGAUCUGUUAGAGGCUCUGUGUGGUCGAAAUAUAAAUAGUCUCUGUCUAUAUGGAAGUGGAGAACAUUUGGAAGUGAAAAAUGUAUCGGCGUUGUGUAGGUCCCUCUCGUCUCUCAAACAGCUUGAUAAGCUUGAUGUUAUCGUAAACAAUGACAGUCCUGGUCUGUGGCAGGCCCUCCAUGGUUUAAAUAUUAAGAGUCUUAGUCUGAGUGGUGGAGAAACAGGUUUGAUAGUGAAUCAUGUAUUGGCGUUAGCACAGUUAUUGGCAUCGCUCAUACACCUAGAAACGCUUAGUAUUAAAGUCUCUGAAUAUAAUCCCUGUCUAUGGGAGGCUAUCCACGGUCUGAAUAUUAAGUGUUUGAGUCUGUGUAACUUAGGUCAAUUGGAUCACAUAUCGUCGUUAUCGCAGUCACUAGCAUCGCUCACAAAUCUGGAAACGCUUUGUGUAAAAUUCUCUUGUGCAGGCGUUCCCCGUCUAUUGGAGACUGGCUGUGGUCUGAAUAUUACAUGCUUAAGUAUUGAAGCGAGUGGUACCUGCCAACAACUAUGGGAGGCUCUCAUAGGUCUGAAUAUCCAGAGUCUGAGUAUGAGUGGUUUUCUUCAUAUGCGGAAGAACAUACAAGAGGAACAUACGAUAUCUCCGUCUUUGUCAUCGCUCUCACAACUGCAAAUGCUUACACUAUAUGUAAGUGAUUUUUACGACAUACAGCUACCUCAAUCAUUGAAGUAUUUAAACAUAUACUGGCGUGGAGGAGUCCUGUCCCCGACGCUCUUCUUACUCUUCAUCAACGAUCUUGUGUCUGAAUUGCCAAGGGGAGUGAAGGCGGCACUUUAUGCUGAUGAUCUUGUGUUAUGGUGCAAAGAAGAGCAUGCCACCACAGCCACAUACAGAAUGCAAGAAGCAAUAGACAAACUUACCGCAUGGGCUGAAGACUGGUGUGUAAUGAUCAACAAAGAGAAAUCAUCCACCACACUAUUCACAUUGUCAUCAAAACAGAAAGCAGGGACGGUGAGAAUGGGAGACACUCCUAUGACUGAAGCAGACGAGACCACGUACCUGGGAGUCACCUUUGACAAGAGGCAAACGUGGAAGCCACACCUCAUGAAAGCAGAAGGAAGGGCCCGAAGAAAACUUGCAAUGAUGCGAAAGCUUGCGGGAACUACAUGGGGGGCAAAUGAGCACAUACUCAAGACAGUCUAUCAAGGCACAGUGAGACCCCAACUAGAGUAUAGUUCCCCCACAUGGUCUUCCACAGCCAAAUCCAAUCGCCAGGCUCUGGAUAAAAUCCAGAACCAAGCUCUGCGCAUCAUGACAGGAGCAACCAAGUCCACACCAAUUGCCUUCAUGGAAAAGAUAACAGGAAUACAACCACUUCAAGAAAGAAGAGAUGUCAAAAUCCUGCUUCAGACAGAGAAGUAUAAAUGUCUAACGGAUCACCCCAUGUCAGCCAGAGUUAAAGGGUACACCAAAAAUCGGAUCAAGCGUAGCAGCUUUGUACACGAAGCUAAGAAGCUGGACAAGGCCUAUGCAACGGAUCUGACCAUCCCCACCACUCCGCUUGGUCAAGAAGACAUCAUAGAUCCAUUACAAAAUGACCUGUCAAAUGUUGCAGUAAGAUCCAGUGUUCCUCACCUACAGCCAGGUAAACAAGAGGAUGAGCAUAUCAGAAAGAGCCUCACACUUGCCAUGAUCGAUGACGAAUACCCAAGAGAGGCAUGGACUCAUGUCUACACAGACGGUUCUGCCACUAGAGCAGUCAUAAAUGGAGGUGCUGGCAUCGUCAUUCUGUACCCAUCCGGAAAACGAGAAACACAUCAUGCAGCAACCGGAACACACUGUAGCAACUACAGAGCAGAGACUUUAGCCCUCAUGAAGGCAGUGUCAAUGAUUGAAGACUCGACCGAAGAUGUCAACUCGAUAGUCUUCUUUACAGAUGCCAUGUCUGUAUUAGAAGCCCUGACCAACAACAAGGUUCCUCAGCUUGCAAAUGCCUUACAAAGAAUCAGCACCAACCUAAACGUGACCCUCCAGUGGAUCCCAGCACACUGUGGAGUGGCCGGAAAUGAAGAUGCUGACCAACUGGCAAAACAAGGUGCUCAGUUAGAUCAGCCACCUGUGCAAGUAAGCUACAAGGAGAACGUUACCAUCAUUAAAUCACUUACCCGGCCAAGACAAGAGGCAGAUGCAUAUCAUCUCCUAAGCAGGGCAGAGCAAGUGAUAAUGGUCAGACUCCGAUCAGGGCACAACCGACUCAAUGCACACAUGCAUAAAAAAUACAGACUGGCCCCGUCACCGACCUGUCCGUGUGGCACAGAAGACCAAACAGCUGAACACAUCCUCCAAAGAUGUAAACGUCACGACCAGGAGCGAGCUACAAAGUGGCCCCAGGACACAACCCUCCAUCAGAAACUUUAUGGAGACGUGGAUGACCUGAGACGGACCACAUCAUUUAUCGAAGAAACUGGUGUGAUCGUGUAG